AUGACCAAGGUCCAUCAUCUGAUGGCUCUUCUGAGCUUCAGCCGCACUUUCGCGCCUACCUUGGGUCACGUUAACCGUGAUUAUGGGUACGGUGGCCCGAUUCUCUUGCAGUCUACCGUCACGGCCACCAUAACGACAACCCAGAUCUCCACGGUGACCGUCGAUGGAAGCACUUGUGAUGCUGUCUACACCCCAACGACUGUGACUGUCUACACUGGCUGCUCUUCGAUCUCAGACGCUUCCGGCCUGCCUCUCAGCAGCUACAGCAGCCAUGGCCCCUGGAUCAACGCCACCUUCACCACGGAUGUGCCCUGCACCCAUAACUUGCCGACUUCCAUCGCCGCGCCGAGCAACUUCUCUAGCUCCAUGGGUUGGAACCACACGACGGUCACUUCACUUCCGACUCUGUCCGGGACAGCCGGCACCACCAUCGAGACCGCCGACCCCUUGGGAACAUCGUCCGUCCGCUGGACCAACUCAACCCGGAGCUCGACCGCGGAGGAGGACUGGACAAGCGUCAUUACUCUCACGGUGACCUCUUCUGCGAUGGUUCCUGUCAACGCGACCACGACCACGGGCUACUCUGCACCCAGCUCCGGUUUCAGCACUGGCACUGGCAUCCCCGGCCACGAGUCCUCGGACGUUCCGCUGUCCUACCACCCCAGCCUGACAUACCAGACCACCACGCGGGCAACGACUCCGGCGGCGACUACGGCAGCUACAGCUACCCGUCCCCAUCCCCGUCCUCCUCCGCCAGCAGCACCGUGGACUUGGUACCUAGGUAGUUGUGGUAGGGGCAAAUAUGAGAUGUUUUCGGAAAGCAAUGUCACUCUGGUAUUGAAGGCCAAGACUCUUCGAAGCAUCAAUGGCAAGAUGGUAAAGAGAGUUGGGUCUCACCAGCGGCUGGUCACCGGCGGCGGUGGGCCGGGUUUGGAGCGCCUCCCUUUCAUCUGA